CUGAUUCGGUUGAUUUAGUUGUCAUUACAGUUUGUUUCGGAUCAUCUCUAAGUUAAAAUAUUGAUUGAUUACAGUUUAUGGCUGAGGCCAUGCUUGCUGCUGUUGAUGUACCUGUUGUAUCGGUAUCGAAGGUCAUGAAUGGUUUUCACGAGUGUGCUAAUUGCUUUAGUCCUGCCACUACGCGUUGCUCGCGCUGCAAAACUGUACGAUAUUGGUUUACCUAAUCACAGAUUAGUACUAAAAGUUGGAGUUCCGGUAAUGCUUCUCAGAAAUAUCGAUCAACAAAACGGCUUAUGUAAUGGAACUAGACUUCAGAUUACUUUUCUUGGUAAACGAGUAAUCGAAGCUGAAGUAAUAUCCGGCGGAAAUAUUGGAUCAAGGGUUUUUAUUCCGAGGAUUAACAUGAUACCUUCAGACAAAAAAAUCCCUCUUCAAUUUCAACGCAGACAAUUCCCGUUAUCCGUAUGCUUUGCCAUGACCAUUAACAAAAGUCAAGGACAGUCAUUAUCUAGAGUUGGUCUAUAUCUAAAAGAUCCUGUUUUCACGCACGGUCAACUGUAUGUUGCGCUAUCAAGAGUUAAGACGAGAGAUGGUGUGAAGAUUUUAAUAUUCGACGAUGAAGGAAAACCAACAAAUCAAACUGCCAACGUCGUUUACAAAGAGAUUUUUGGCAACUUAUGAUAUAUAAUUUUUUCUUUCUUUUCGUUGACUUUUAACUUUUGUCCUGUUAUAUUAAUGUUACCUGUUGGUUUAUUUUGUAUUUGUUCAACAAGUUCUUAUAUUCUUGUGUUUUUUAUUUAUUUCAACAUUUUUGUCUUAAAAU